AAAUGGAUUCUAACCCCACAUAAUCCAAAAUCCCACCACUCCUAGCUUUCCUGAAUCCACGAUGGUGUUCAUUUCCUCUCCACUCUCAGAAUCCAGACACCUCAAUUGCCAUAACCCAUCGAAGAAUCGAACCCAUAAUCACACAGAAGUAAGAAGGAAAACGAAGCAAUGUUAAUUUCCCAUUCACUUCCUCACAUUCACUCUCCGUUCCUCUCUUGCCCUCUAAAGCUCUCUUCUUUCUCUCUCCCCACCCACAAGACACGACCAACUUUUCCACGGAUCAAAGCUCUUGAUCUUGAUCAAAACACGAUAGUAGCGGUGUCAGUUGGGGUUGCGAGCAUUGCUAUAGGGAUUGGAAUUCCGUUUUUCUAUGAAUCCCAGAUUGACAGUGCUGCAAAGCGAGAUAACACUCAGCCAUGCUUCCCGUGCGAUGGCUCCGGCGCUCAGAAGUGCAGAUUUUGCCUGGGAAGUGGCAGUGUGACGGUGGAGCUUGGAGGGGAUGAAAGAGAAGUCUCACGAUGCAUAAAUUGUGACGGUGCUGGUUCUUUGACGUGCACCACAUGUCAAGGCAGUGGUAUUCAACCUCGAUACCUUGAUCGUAGGUAUGAGACUUUUAGACUUGGAAUUCAUCAAGCACAUAUGAUUUACUCUCUAUGCCACAUUUAUUUGGAUUUAAGCUCCCACAACUAACUGAAAACUUUGAUAUUAAAAUGUGAAUACCGGUGGGUAUUGCUGCAAAACAAAAUAUACACAGAGCGUGACAGUUUCUUUUGCACGGUCUGCUACUAUGAUAUGGCAAAAUCACAGAACAUGAGUUUCACGCUUUUGUACUAUGUUUCCGCUGGAUGAUGCCAAAUUGCCAAGAAAUGUUUCCUUUUUCUUAAUCAAUCUAUGAUUUCUGUUGUUGAUGCAAGCAUGAGUUUAUGUUGAACAGAGAAUUCAAAGAUGAUGACUAAGUUUUUGAAGAAGCUUCAGUGAGAGAUCCUGGAUUGCUGUAACGGUUAAUUCAAUUCAUUUGUUCUGUGUGCACCAAAGAUCCAACACAACUUCUUGGAAACACUCCUGUAACUUAUAUUUUUCUUUGCUUUCCCUUUUCUGAUGAUGAAUUGUUUUUCAUGCCUUCAUCUGAUGUAUGAUUCUGCUAACAAGUAAUACAAGCCCUUUCUGUAACCUACAAUAUUUU